AUGUCGAUCCAGUGUCUCAGAAGCGGCCUGAUGAAGUUUUGCUGUUUCUGCAGCCGAUUGAGUUCGACUAUGGGAGCUUCUGAAUGGCAUUUGAAAAGUGCAAGUGCUCAGGUGAAGCUCUGUACCUUGAAGAUCUUGCGGCUUGAAAUGAUCUGGGAAAAUUCUCCAUGUUCCCUAAACAGCCAAGAUUGGUGCAGUGCACAAGUUGCGGCAGCCAGCCACCAGCUUUCACCCCAAGUCAAAAUAGGAAGAUUAAGGCGUCUGAAGGGAAUGGACCCCCUAUUAAGAAAAGCAGGUUAA